ACUGCACAGAUCAAUGACUAUUCUUUUACUGGUACUGAUUUCACAGUGCUGUGACUCAUCAAGUUAUGGACUCGCCCAUAGAAAGAUACAUAAAUAUAGUGUCCUCCAAGAUGAAUCGUAUAUGGCUAUGGACCAUGUGUAGCCUGCUGCCACUACCACUAGCCAGCUGCAUGCGUACACAACCACGACGUGCUCUGCCAGCCUGCGUGCUGAUGUCUACGGCCACUGCCCAGCCACCAUGGACCAACCCACCACUAUCGCACUCAUGUGACGGCACCACAAAGUGCAUGAAUUCUAAACAAACUAGUCACAAGCUGUUUGCUGGCGCCUUCUCGCAGCUCCAGAGCUCUGUUCCCCAAAGGGGGAUCUGUGUGGCAACUGAGCUGAGGAAUGCAUUAACACCAGAGUCAUAGUUACAGUCAAUAA